AUGAGUCUAUCGCUUAAAAGAAAAGAUCUCAUGAUAGUCAAUAUGGGCCCUCAACACCCAUCAAUGCAUGGUGUUCUUCGACUGAUUGUUACUCUCGAUGGUGAAGAUGUUAUUGAUUGCGAACCCAUAUUAGGGUAUUUACACAGAGGAAUGGAAAAAAUCGCGGAAAACAGAAGUAUUAUACAAUACUUGCCUUAUGUAACACGAUGGGAUUAUUUAGCUACUAUGUUUACAGAAGCAAUAACGGUAAAUGCACCAGAAUUCUUAGAGAAUAUUCAAAUACCCAAAAGAGCCAGCUAUAUUAGAGUAAUUAUGUUAGAAUUGAGCCGUAUAGCUUCUCAUUUGUUAUGGCUUGGACCUUUUAUGGCGGAUCUCGGGGCGCAGACUCCCUUUUUCUACAUUUUUAGAGAGAGAGAAUUGAUAUAUGAUCUAUUUGAAGCUGUCACAGGUAUGCGAAUGAUGCAUAAUUACUUUCGCAUCGGAGGAGUCGCUGCCGAUCUCCCUUAUGGAUGGAUGGAUAAAUGUUUAGAUUUCUGUGAUUAUUUUUUACAAGGAGUUGUUGAAUAUCAAGAACUUAUUACACAGAAUCCCAUUUUUUUAGAACGAGUUGAAGGAGUCGGUUUUAUUAGCGGAGAAGAAGCUGUAAAUUGGGGCUUAUCGGGACCAAUGUUACGAGCUUCUGGAAUACAAUGGGAUCUUCGUAAAAUUGAUCCUUAUGAGUCUUACAAUCAAUUCGAUUGGAAAGUCCAAUGGCAAAAAGAAGGAGAUUCGUUAGCUCGCUAUUUAGUACGAGUCGGUGAAAUGAGGGAAUCCAUAAAAAUUAUUCAACAGGCUGUAGAGAAAAUUCCUGGAGGACCUUAUGAGAAUUUAGAAGCCCGACGCUUUAAGAAAGCAAAGAAUCCCGAAUGGAAUGAUUUUGAAUAUCGAUUUCUUGGUAAAAAACCUUCGCCCAAUUUUGAAUUAUCAAAGCAAGAGCUUUAUGUAAGAGUAGAAGCUCCAAAAGGCGAAUUAGGAAUUUAUCUGGUAGGAGAUGAUAGUCUUUUCCCCUGGAGAUGGAAAAUUCGUCCACCGGGUUUUAUUAAUUUGCAAAUUCUUCCUCAGCUAGUUAAAAAAAUGAAAUUGGCUGAUAUCAUGACAAUAUUAGGUAGUAUAGAUAUCAUUAUGGGGGAAGUUGAUCGUUGA